AUGGCGGCGGCCUGCCACAAGGAGUCUCUAGAGCACAAUGGCCCCCGCAACACCAAAGCCCAACCCAACCACCCACACCCAACCCACACCCAAACCAGCCCAACCCAACCCAACCCAACCCAACCAGCCCAACCCAACCCAGACCCGCCAAACCAGCCCAACCCACACCCCCAAACCAGCCAACCCAAACCAGCCCAACCAAUCCAACCCAGCCAACCAAACCACCUCUUCACCCAGCCCAAGGCCCCAGCCAAACACAGAAUCCCAACCACUGCAAACCAAAACACCAGGCCCAACCCAACCGCAAACCAACCCAACACCAGGGCCAACCACCCAACCAAGCCUAUAACCUACCACACCCAACCCAGCCACCCCUCAACGGCAACCACCAACCCAAAACCAGGCCCAACCCAGCCCAAACCAGCCCCAGCCCAACCCAAGCCCAACCCAGCCCACGUGAUCACGCAGCAGCCAACCGGUACCCACGUCGUCCAUGCUCUCAGCCUGAUUUCUAUCUUCCACACCCCCGCUGUAGCCCACAUGCACCAGCCCAAACUCCAACCCAUGGCCCAACCAACCAGAGCCCCAUGCCAGCCCAGCCCAACCCCAACCCAACCAGCCGCAAACCAGCCCAAACCUCAGGCACAAGGCCAGGAAAACCACCACCAGACCCAAGCCACCCAAACCGCCAAAAUCAAGGCACAGCGUGGGCCCGCGCAGGACCCAGAACCCAAACCCAGCCUAAACCAGUCCGCAACAGCCCAACAUACCACCAAAUGCCCAACAACCAGCCUCAAACACAACCCAAACCAGCCUCACAAUCCAGCCUAG